AUAAGCACCCAGAGAAGGGUCUUAUGUAGGUCCUAGAAUGACCCAACUAAAUUGGCAUGCACAGUUGGACAUUUCUACGGAUGUCUCGAAGAAAUACAAACAGAACGCGACACGCAACAUUAAAAUCAACCCAUCAACCCCCCUUCAACCCGUCCACCCACGCACCCACCCCGUUCCGAAUCAGGAUGAUGACAGAGUUUGGCAAUGUGGAGUAAAGUUUUUUGCAUGCCUCUAGGUGCCAACUUUCAAUUUCAAGCGCACAUUUACCGAGUUCUUUAAUUAUUCGCACAGUCUGGCAUUUAUUUCAUGAAUAGCAUUUAUAACUUUCGCCGUUAUUCACUCGAAGGCACGCAAUUUAUUUAGUGUUAUGACGUGAACCCAGCGAUGGCUGCCGCACUCCGGGGGUCGAUUGUUUAGUAAUAAAACUCAGUUACAUAUCGUAUAUUAUACGUAUAACAAAUGACCCAUUUAUUAUGGUAAUUUUUGGAAAAUGCUAAAAUUGCUUCCAGGAAAAUAAAACAAUGUAUUCUUGGCUGUUCCAAAUUAUGUAUAAGGCUUUUCAGAUGAAUUCAGAGAGUAUAAAAAGGAACAGAAGUGUUACUUACACUCAUUGUUGAACUAAUAUAAUUGUUUCAAUGAUAUCUUUCUGAGAUCAUCUCAUCAAAGGACUACCUCAUCCUUAAUUUAUAUGCAACCCUCGGGUGCAAGUCGCGGUGUCAAGUAGCUGAACUUUAAAGGUAAACACUUGGGUUAAUAUUGUUUGUACUCGAAGACUCUGCCACUCGCACACCUGACUAUUGUUGCGGCAUGACUACGAAAAAGAAAAAGAGUCCGGCUAAUGAGUGCAAUGACUUGUUACCCACAUUUACCACCGCUGAACGGAAGCCGCAGACGACCCAGAAAGCCUAAGGUAAUGUCUGGGAACUUUGCUCAGGUGCUGCUGGUCAAAGUUGUUGCCUUGCUGUUUCUGUUUCUCUUUUUGUGUUGGAGGGAGCAGCCCCUCCUCAUCUUCGUCCGCUCCAAGCACGCAGUGGAGCUGCACGACGUGUAAAUCAACGAAAUGGGUUACAAAGCAUAAAAGCCUGGGCCACAAUAACAGCCAGUUACCAGUUACCCAUUGUAAAUGACCAACGGUGGCUUGGGGUCUGACGUUAGUCCCGCUGGUUACCAAACAGCCAGUGGCCACAACACUAACCAGACUUGGUUGCCAACACCAUCAUUAUCUUGGCCAGCACCGAAGCCAGCUACCGGUCAGUUACAAUCCCAACGUCAAUUCGAAAAGACGCGCGCGCAAACGAAUAAAAUCAGAAAUAUCAUAGCAUACUUAUCAUAAGUUCGCCAUCUUAGAGCACUUCUAAAUUUGGAAUACUUCGGCUCCCUCUCUGACUUUUUGAAGUCGACCGCUGCAAGUUUAUUUUUAAUCUAAUUAAGCAACUAAGUAAAUGAAAAUCAAAAUGCGUUCCUGUGGACCGAGUUUAAUUAAAUACGUGUUAUUUGCCUUUAAUGUGCUGUUUGCGCUUUCGGGUCUUGGCAUUCUCGUGGCUGGCGCAAUUGUUUUGGCCGAUGUCAAUGAAUUUAAUCACUUUGUGGAGGGUCGCGUCCUGGCACCGCCGAUUGUCCUGAUAGUCACGGGGCUGAUCAUCUUUCUCAUCGCAUCGCUGGGCUGCUUUGGCGCCAUCAAGGAGUCUCCCACUCUGCUGUUGACCUAUGCUGUGCUGCUGGCCAUGAUCUUCAUCAUUGAGCUGGCCGUGGGCAUUGCGGCUUGCGUCUUCAAAAGUGACCUCGAGGGCAUGCUAAAGAACUCACUGAUGGAAUCAAUCAAGCGCUCCAACCACGAGGACAACGUUGCCUGGGACAAUGUGCAGCGCAAACUCAUGUGCUGUGGCGUCGACACUCCCGCCGAUUGGAAGGCUAUCAGCCUGAACAAGACGCUGCCGGCGAGCUGUUGUCAGCCUGAGUUUGUGGAUACCGCCGCUGGAAAUUGCUUCGAUUCACCAGCACUGGGCAAGGACAAGUUCUUUCAGGAAGGCUGUGUGGGCAAGCUGAAGGAGCGCAUCGAUAAGAAUGCCGUCAUUCUGAUUGGUGUCGGCAUCGGCAUCGCAUUCAUACAGAUUCUGGGCAUUGUCCUUGCUUGCUACCUGGCAAGCGCCAUCAGAAGACAAGCAAACUAAUCAGCAUCUCAUUAAUUAGUUAAUGUUUCGUACUUAGAAUGACAAGUUGAUUCCCGCCCAAUUCGCACAUUCAUUGAAUAUAAACGAGGAUUACUCAUGCUUAUUUUAAAAUGUCUUCAGACGAUUUUUGUACCCUCACUCAAAGCAUAGAAUAAUUUCGAAGAUCUUAAGGUGUUGCUAAUUCUAAAGCUAAAGAGUGCCUAGAGGCACUUAUUACAUAUAGUAAUUUGUAUUAAGUCAUUUGAAUUGCAGUUGUUAGUUGGCAAUAAUCAAAUAUCAAUAUGUUUAUUGUCAACUGACGAAUAUCAUUUUUUGACUCUCUUUUUUUAAAUAAUACAAAUUAUAUUAUGAGUGCCUCAAGACACUCUUGGCUCUUAGAGGUUUAACUAUUCCUUCCUCCUCCACAAAAUGAGGUACUAGAGAAAAGAAUUCUCCAGAUUGAAUAUAUUUGUACCCGCCAAUCAUAGAAUGGAAUAAUUUGGAAGGUUUUAAGGUGUUCCCAAUAGAAUUUGAUUAUUUUAUCUAAUACUUUUUCUUUCUUAGUUAUUAGAGUAUACCAAAAGAAUUCUCUAAAUUGUUCAUAUCCCUCAAGGAUUGUAGUUUUGACUUCCAAAUAGCUUUGCCCAAUGUUUAUACUCGGCACUCAUUAGGGUAUAAUUAUCAAUAAGCUCUUAAAGUGUUGCCUUCUUUAUUUAAUUGUUUAUUUUUUACCUCCAUUAAAUAAAUAGUUACUGUCCCUUUUUAAAUUGUGUACAUCAAAAGAUCUCUCUAGUCCAGAAAUAUCCUGAAAAUAUCAUUACAAACCUACAAGGUUAUUCAAUAAUCAGUUCCCUACUAAUGUUACAACCGGGUAUUUUAGCUGUCAUCUUUUUAUAUUCAUAGCAUGGGCGAUCCUCAUAUUUAAAAGUAAAAAAAAACGCAACAAAUCAUUCAUGUUGAAGGCGAUUUUAGAGAAUAUUUUAUCUGUUCAGAAAUAAGCUCUAAGCUUGCUGUCCUUAGUCCAUUACUUACCACAUUCUGUCGUCGUUUUUUGCUUCAACAAAUAAACAAUUUAAUCGCUCGAAUAGAAUUGGGUUUCUUUGUGUCUACAGUUUAUUUAGU